AAACAUAAAAUAGGGUUAUUAUUCUGUAUCGAGUCAAGGCUCUGUAGGCAACAAGAAGAAGUGGGUCUGGCCCCAAACACAAAGGAAAGGAAAGAGAAGAAAAGAAAAACAAGAGCUGAGCAUAGGAGCCUUUGCUGGAGAUGCCCUUUCUCUCUCCUCUCCAAUUAUCUCUUUUUCUGCUUGGAUUGCCUACUUCCCAUCCUCAUUUUCACAGCACAGGUUCUUUUUGAUCUGCCCCUCUCUUAUCUUCUUAAGUCUUUUUGUUUCUUGGAUCUCUGUUUAGUUUAGAUUUGUUUAUGUAUCUAGUCCCGUUUCUUGCGCGAUUUCAACUCUUUUGAGGCUUGAAUGACAAGGAAGAAAGAAAUGAUUUUUGGGGAAGAGUGUUGAUUAUGAAUACUCUAUCAUGUGUUGUAUGAUGAUACUGUGAAGAGUCUUUUGACCACGAAAAGAGAAAAACGGAUAAAGUGAAGAGAGAGACAGAGAAAAUAAAAGAUGUGCCCUUUGAAAGACUACAUUGUUGCUUGUUGAUGUCAAUGAAAGCGAAUUACUUUGAGCAAGUUUUCAUUCUUUCUUUAUCCUUUUUAACUCAACACAUGUGUAGUGAGGGUAGAUGUAAUGUGCUUUCUUGAAAGGCUUGGGGUGUGCAGAUUCUGGGGUGUCUUUUUACAAGGGGCUCGUGUUAUUUAGUAAUUGGGCAGUUUUUUCAGCUACCUGAGGGUGGGUUGCCAAGAUGCCUAUGUUUCAGCCUUCAAAGAAGGAUGGGGGGCUUCUUGGGUUCGAGGGUGGUGGAGAUGGGCGUAUUUUAGAUCUAGAUACUGCAGUUAAAGAUGGAGUCUUGGGUGGAGUUGCGGGUGGGGGUUACGGUGGUGGAAUUGGGGAGAAGUUGGAUCUGAAGAAGAUGAUUGAAGAGCUAAAUUUACCUGAAGUUCCGUCGGUGUUUAUUUGCCCUAUUUCUCUUGAACCCAUGCAAGACCCUGUUACCCUUUGCACCGGGCAAACCUAUGAGAAGUCCAACAUUCUCAAAUGGUUCAGCUUGGGGCACUACACUUGCCCCACAACUAUGCAAGAACUCUGGGAUGAUACAGUUACACCGAACAAGACGCUUUACCAUUUAAUCUAUACUUGGUUUUCUCAGAAGUAUGUGCAAAUGAAGAAGAGAUCUGAAGAUGCCCAAGGAAGGGCAUCAGAGCUUCUCAGCACCCUUAAAAGAGUUAAGGGUCAGGCAAGAAUCCAAACACUCAAGGAGCUGAAGCAAGUUGUGGCGAGUCAUUCAACUGCUAGGAAGACGGUUGUUGAUGAAGGUGGGGUGGCUCUUCUUUCAUCUUUACUCGGCCCGUUCACUUCGUAUGCUGUAGGUUCUGAGGUUGUAGCAAUUCUCGUGAAUUUGGCUCUAAGUUCUGAGUCGAAAACAAAUUUGAUGCAACCUGCAAAAGUAUCAUCCAUUGUAGAUAUUCUGAAUGAAGGGUCCUUGGAAACUAAAGUCAACUGCAUUCGAGUGAUCGAAACAUUGAUGGAGGAGAAAGAUUUCCGAUCAGAAAUUGUCUCAAGCCAUAGUUUGCUGGUUGCUUUGAUGAGGCUGGUGAGGGAUAAGAGACACCCUAAUGGACAUUUGCCAGGGCUCGGUCUUCUCAAGUUAAUCAGCAUGCAUCAGCAAGUCCGGAGUUUGAUUGUGAGCAUAGGAGCAAUACCUCAAUUGGUAGAACUGAUUCCCCUCUUGAAUCCAGAGUGCUUGGAGUUAGCGCUGUUCACAUUGAAUGCUCUUUCGUCUGUACCUGAAGGGAAACAGGCCUUGAAGGACUGUCCAAACACUAUACCCAAUAUGGUCAAACUACUGAUGAGAAUUUCUGAAAGCUGUACAGAAUAUGCUCUAUCGAUCUUAUGGUCCGUAUGCAAACUCUCCCCCGAUGAAUGCUCAUUGAUAGCCGUGGAUGCAGGUCUUGCAGCAAAGCUCCUUCUUGUAAUCCAGAGUGGUUGCUGUCCCGAACUUAAGCAGCGGGCAGCGGAGCUAUUGAAGCUCUGCAGUCUGAAUUAUUCCGAUACAAUCUUCAUCUCCAAGUGCAAACUGACCAGGACAAUCCAAUGAACACUGAAGAUUGAUAAUCUUAUACACGUCCCCACCUCUGGCAAAAAGGUCAAUGCUGCCAAAUGUGGUUGUUAUGCUCUCAGAUUAAGUCAGCAAGAAGUUUGCAGAACAUGGUGGUAAGAUGCCAAAAUUUACUGUCCUGUAUGUAUCUCUUGAGUUGUUGAUCGAAAAAUGUGGAGAUCCAUAUUGUACGUAAACCUUCCAAUAAGCACCGGAAGGAGGCUAGGCUACAGUUGCAAAGCCUUGUUCCUAAAAUGAUUUCAUUUGUAAAGGUAUAAAGAUAAAGUGCCAAUGGCUUGUAGCCAGAGCACGCUUUCGGCCAUCAUGGUUCUUUGUGGAGCUUGCAAUUGCAAUUGUAAUUGUUGAGCAGUUGCUUGCUCCAUGAAUCUCCACAUUUCUCGAUUCUUAGGAUUCAAGGUCCUCCAAUUUUCCUCUGUAGAAGUUUUGUUUUGGCCUUACAGAGUGUAGUGUGUAGUAAAAAGGGGCGGGCUCUGUUGGCUCCAUCCAUUCAAUAUGUACAAUUAUCCACAAUUUUCUGUUCAUGUGCACAGCUCCCUUUUCUUGGA